CCACCAGAUCCCCAGGGCAGCCCUGCCAGCCCAGCUCAGGCUAGCCCGGCUUGGCCACUCGUGCACCAUGAAGUACCCGCUGGUGCCGCUGGUGAACGACUUCACGUUUUCUUUCCUGGUGCUCUGGCUAGGCCUGCCCGUGGCCUUGCUGCUGUUCUUGUUGAUCGUCUGGUUUCGCUUCUUACUUAGCCAAGAUUCCGAGGAAAAUGACCCAGAUUUAUGGUUUGAUUGGGAUCCCUGGAGCAAAGGCCCAGCCAAGUCUCGCUGGCACGAGACACUCCAUAGCCAAGAGGAAGAGGGGCCUGGCCAGUGAGCCUGCUCUGCCAGGUUAUUCCUGUUUUACAGGUGGGGAAACUGAGGCGCAGAGCAGUCAAGUAACUUGUUGAAUCACAGUGAUGGAGCCGGCACUGGAACCUAAGCCCUGUGACUCCAGAGCCCAACCCUGACCCACUGGGCCCACUGAUUUCCAGACUGGCCUGUUGCAGGAGCUGUGGGGGGGGGGGGGCACUCUGAAGAAACCCCAGCCGGGCCUUGCACCCCCACUGGCCACCCCAGAGGCAGCGGGGUUGACGGGGACCAGCCCUCCCGGGAAUCACCAGGGGUCACCUUCACUCCCUGCUUCUCUCCCACUACACAACCCACCAGCCGCCACAGGCCUUUCAGUUGUCCGAAGGAGACAGAACGGAGCCUGAAUUAUUCGCUGGUCUCCCAGACUUUGGUCUCCCUGCUCGGCCCUGCUGGUAAGAAUGGUCCAUCCAAAGCACGGAUCAGAACCUGUCAUCUCGCAGCUCUGGCUCCCGGCGAACGCCCGAGUUCCUCCAGGGGGGAGAGCGCCACCCUUUGGCACCUGAGCCCGGCGGAAGUUGCGGGGUGAGGUUUCUGUUCUUACCAGCAAGGCUGCAGGAAACACCUUGACCUUCUGUCUGUGCACACACUGUCUCCGGGACAAACUGUGAAAGGAGAAAGUGUCAAGGGUGAGCCCUGUGCAUUGCUGGUUUGCAGACACUGCGGGGUUCUCUCACCAAAAGGCGGCCCCGGGAGUGCACCUACAGGGCCCAUUUCUCCCGGCCUUUGCCCCACUGUGCACCCCCAACACACACACAACACACACGCCCGGGCUCUGCCCGUGCCUUGUGCUGGCUCAUGAGCAUGUGUCAACGCUGUGUUUUCCUGGGAGCUUUCCGGGCGUUGAAUAAACACUGUUGGUAACAAA